AUGGCAGUCCCAUUUCCGUCCACCUACCACUACUCUACAUGCCACAAAAGGACCAAGACUGCAUCAAAGGCUGGGCAUUACCCGCGUCACAAAUGGGUUUGUCAUAAUAAACGAGCAUUUUCAUUUGUACAUAAUAGAUCGAUGGUCAUGACAUGGAAUGAACGUUGCCCUAUAUGUGAAAAACUAUUCAAAUGUGACGAAUGCGGUCGCAAUGAGCAUAUUCACGAUGUUGACGAAUAUGAUGGCGAAUAUAAUGACGAAUGA